CAUUAAGAUCCAGAUUAUGUUCCAUAACCGAUUCCAUAAACAUUAUCGGGCUGACCAGGUAAAGAGUCUAAUCUCCUCCUUCCAUAACCGAUUUUUUUUAAAAAAAAUUAAUAACCUUUGCUUACUUCUCUCUCCUUCAUCGAGAAAUUUCGCGGCUUCUUCUCAUCCGAAACAAUCCGGGACAUUCUACGGACGCGCCGUCGCAGAAGUUACAGAGGAGUGUUGGAAACUAUAAAGACUCGUUCGUUUUGGAUUGCUGUCGAUGGUUACAGGCGUGGCUUCCCCCAUGGCGGAGCGGUUAAAGGAAGAAGGAAACAAUUGCUUUAAGAAAGAACGUUUUGGUGCUGCCAUUGAUGCUUAUACCGAGGCAAUAGCCUUGUCUCCAAAUGUUCCUGCUUAUUGGACAAAUCGAGCACUUUGCCACAUGAAACGAAAGGAUUGGACUAAGGUUGAAGAGGAUUGUCGCAAAGCUAUUCAGCUUGUCCACAAUUCCGUCAAGGCCCACUACAUGCUAGGACUUGCAUUAUUGCAGAAGAAAGAAUAUACUGAUGGAGUCAAAGAGUUGCAAAGGGCUUUAGAUCUUGGAAGAAGCUCGAAUCCAACAGGAUAUAUGGUUGAAGAAAUAUGGGAAGAGCUUUCUAAAGCAAAAUACAUGGAGUGGGAACUGGUUUCUGCAAGGCGCUCAUGGGAACUGAGUAGUUUGAAGGAAACUUGUGAGGCUGCUCUUAAUCAACAAUGUGCUUUAGAUAUGUCUCGAACAGAAGAGUCCUCAGACGAAGCCUAUAUUGCCCAUACCGAGCGUUUAAAAGCUCUUGAACGAGUCUUUGAGAAAGCUGCAGAAGAAGAUAAACCAACUGAGGUGCCAGGUUAUUUGUGUUGCAAUAUAACUCUUGAGAUUUUCCGAGAUCCUGUAAUAUCUCCAAGUGGGGUUACAUAUGAAAGAGCAGCAAUCCUUGAACAUCUCAAGAAGGUGGGGAAAUUUGAUCCGAUAACGCGUGAAAAAAUCGACCCGUCCAAGCUCGUUCCAAAUCUGGCUAUCAAAGAGGCAGUGGCUGCAUAUCUAGAAAAACACGUUUGGGCUUACAAGCUGGGUUGUUGAUGCAAAUGGGGAUUAACAAAAACACAAUGAAGCGGAUGUGAAAUUGAGGUUAACUAGUCAGGUGAGUGAACAAAACAGAUGGGUGCGUUACCUUUUUCACUAUUGUGUUUUUUUGGCUUGCCGAUGUUUUCAGUGUAAGAUUCUCUACCCUGUGUAUAUAUACAAUGUUUUUUGUGCACUCUGCACACAUUGGCCAUAUGGCUUAGCCUAUAACACAUACAGAAUUACAGACUUUGUUUAUCAUUGAGGAAAAUCCAAUAACAAACAUACAGGCUCUGCCCUGUAGCUGUGAAUUUCAGCCAUAACAUGGAGAAACAUAUUUUUA